AUGUUAUCUAAAUUUGUUAUUCUAUCAAUUGUUCUUGUCGCGGCUUUCGCUAAACCACGUGGCGGAAACGGAGGAAACGGAGGAAAUCAACAAGGUGGACGUGGCGGACAACAAGGUGGACCACAAGGACCUCCACCACCACCAUUCCUUCAAAAUGUCACUGAUGAAGCUCGUCAAGCAUUCUUCACAAUUGUCAGCAAUGAAAAUUUGACAAUCACUGAAAUCGACUCACAAACUGCAACUUGGGCAUCGACUUAUGGAGUUUCUGAUAUUUACAAUGAAUUCCAAACCAACAGAACUAACUUCGAAACUCAAAUCCAACAAAACAUCACAAGUGUCAUCUCAAACUUGGCAACUGUUGAAACUCAAUUGGAAACUAUUUUCAACAAUAAAGAUCAAACAAGAUCAGCAAUCAAUGCAUCAAUCAGCACUUUGAGUGAAACUUAUCCAAUUGUAAGUUAUCUACAAAACUAAAUUAAGAUAAAUGUCUGAAUUUCAGGAAGUCCGAGUUCUUCUUCAACUUCGUCGCCCACCACCACCACAAGGAGGACCACAAGGUGGAUUUGGUGGACAACAACAAGGAGGUAACUUUGGAGGUAACUUUGGUGGAAACUUCAAUGGAAACUCGAACAGUGGAUCAAGCGGUGCUACCAGGAAAAACAGAAAUAACAAGAAGGCAACAACUGUUAGCAGCAGAUAA